UGCCGGUCACAGGGAGGUUACGGUCAGACCCAGUCGACUGAAGAAGACAGUAACAAGGAAAAAGGACGUUUCUCUUUUUUUUCUUCUUUUCUUUUCUUUUUUCUUUUCACAGAGCUCCAGGAAGUCUGAAACCGCUACGCUUGCAAAAAAAAGAAAGAAAAAAAAACGGACGGGGAGUGGAUGAAGAGAGGGAGAGAGAAAAAAAAGUCCACCCGGUUAACCUUUGAACUGUCUUCCUCUGUCCUCACAAGAAGUCACAAGACAAAAAAGUCAAAGUAGAGUUUCACGAAUGACUGUCCGCACGAGACUACAAGUUGAGAACAAAGUGAGGAGGGAGACGCACACACCAUGUCAUCUGUCCACUUCAAUCCAGGGUCGGAUUCAGGUGUGAACGGAAACAUUGCAAAGAUGGAGGAUGCUACAGUGGAGAUUGAUGAUGGAAAGGAUGAGAGCGUGGUGCCAGACACGAUGUACCACAAUAUACGGAAGAAGAUAACGCCUUUUGUCAUGUCCUUUGGAUUUCGUAUAUUUGGAGUGAUUCUGAUCCUUGUGGACUUUGUGCUGGUGAUUGUGGACCUCUCCCUGCCGGCCAGGAGCAGAGAGGUUGGAGAUGCCAUAGAGGCUGUGUCGCUCCUCAUCUCAUUCUUCUUUCUCGUCGACGUGCUGCUGCGGGUCUAUGUGGAGGGGUUCAAAGUUUAUUUCAGCUCCAAGCUGAACAUCAUAGAUGCCUGUGUUGUGGUGAUCACGCUGGUGGUCACUAUGGUCUACACCUUCUCUGACCUGACAGGAGCCAGUCUCAUCCCCAGGGUGGUGACGUUUCUUCGUUUCCUGAGAAUAAUAAUCCUGGUGAGGGUUUUCAGACUGGCGGCACAGAAGAAAGAGCUGGAGAAGGUCACAAGGCGGAUGGUUUCUGAGAACAAGCGACGUUAUCAGAAGGAUGGAUUUGACCUUGACCUCACUUAUGUCACAGAUCGUGUCAUCGCCAUGUCCUUCCCGUCCUCUGGGAAGCAGUCUUUCUACAGGAAUCCAAUCAGGGAAGUAGCAAGGUUCUUAGACACUAAACACGAAGGCCACUAUAAAGUUUACAACCUCUGCAGCGAGAAAGGCUACGACCCGCAGUUCUUCCACUACAAGGUCGAACGCGUGUUCAUCGAUGAUCACAACGUGCCCUCCUUGGAGGACAUGCUGAAAUACACAGCAAACGUGAGGGAGUGGAUGUCUGCUGAUCCCAAAAACAUCAUCGCUAUCCACUGUAAAGGGGGGAAAGGGCGCACCGGUACUAUGAUCUGCACCUGGCUUAUCGACAGUGAUCAGUUUGAGAGUGCACAGGACAGUCUAGACUAUUUUGGUGAGAGGAGGACAGACAAGAGUCGGAGCUCCAAGUUUCAGGGAGUGGAGACCCCCUCUCAAAGCCGGUACGUUGGGUACUACGAGAUCAUGAAGUCCAAGUUCAACAGAGAGCUGCCACCACCUAAAAGCCUCGUGAUCAAGAGCAUUCGCAUCCACUCCAUAGCAGGUGUGGGUAAAGGUGAUGGCAGCGAUCUGAAGGUAAAGAUCAUUUUGAAGAAAGAGCUGGUGUUUCAGUGUGUGUGUGCCAAACAGGAGAACUGCACAGUGUUCCCCGAUGUGGGCAGCAAUGCUGCAGUCAUCAGCCUGCAGAAUGGGCCUGUGGUUGAGGGGGACGUGAAGGUCAUGUUUGAGUCAAGUGCUGGUCUGCCAAAAGGAUACGAAGAUGUUCCAUUCUACUUCUGGUUCAAUACGUCCUUCAUAGAGGAUAACAAGCUAUUUCUGCCCAGGGACGAGCUGGACAACCCGCACAAACCCAAGACCUGGGACCUGUACAAGGAGGACUUUGGUGUCACCAUGUUCUUCUCAGAUCCGUAAUAGAGGCCCCCAAUGGGACAAAAGGGCUCGUUUCGAUUUUACUUGUAACGAUGGAUGCUGAGGAGAAAUUGGUAGAUUGAACACUAACUCAAAAAAUGAACAAGAGGCAUUAAAUUACUUGCAUUCAAAUCCUGUAGACUGCAGUGUUGCUCUAAUGAGUCAUGGCACUUAAACUGAAAUUGGUAAGGAGAUACCAUGUAUAUGUGAAAAUACUUAUGUCUUCCAGUGAAUCAUUUGCUACCUGUGUGUGGGACUAUUUUGAUUGUCCUCAAAUAAAAAGUGUACAUAUCUUGA